AUGGAGGCGAUCACUCCAGAGCGGCGGAAGAAGAUUCUUCGAGUGCUCUUCACGUCUUUGCUGUUGGACUUGAUCUCGUUCACCUUCAUUCUGCCACUGUUUCCGUCGCUCCUCGCAUUCUAUCGAGGACUCGAGACUCAGCCGACCUCGGCUCUCAACCGCAUCCUCCACUACCUCAAUGCGUACAAGCAGUCAUUCGCGGUGCCUAUCAAUGCGAAAUAUGACAUCGUCCUUCUGGGCGGCGCAUUGGGCUCGCUUUUCUCCCUUUUGCAGGCGAUUGCCAGCCCCCUCAUCGGUCGCGCCUCGGACAAAUACGGCAGAAGAACAGCGUUGCUCUGGAGCAUGGCUGGGAACAUUGCGAGUGUGGCGUUGUGGUGUGUUGCGGUAGACUUCUGGACAUUCUUGCUGAGUCGGAUUGUGGGCGGUCUCAGCGAGGGCAACGUCCAGUUGGCAACGGCGAUUGCCACAGAUAUCAGCACCGACGCGCAGCGCGGGUCGACUAUGGCUCUUGUGGGCGCAUGCUUCAGCAUCGCUUUUACCUUUGGGCCGGCAAUGGGAGCCGCUUUGGCGAACGUCACCACCGUUGCUGCCAAUCCUUUUGCAACUGCCGCCGGCUUUUCCCUGUUUUUGAUCGUGAUUGAGACGCUGUAUCUGUACUUCCAGCUCCCCGAAACCCUACCAGCGCGCACUUUGACGCCGGAGCGAAAAGACGGUGCUAAGCCGCGAGAGGUCCGUCAUACCAACAAACCUGCCCUUCUCAACGCCAUACACUUCCUUUUCCUACUGCCCUUUUCUGGACUCGAGUUCUCACUCCCGUUCCUGAUAACUUCGGCUCUGUACCCCGACCAUCCAUCGCCUUCGAAACUCAACGGACGGUUUCUUGGGUUUGUUGGUCUGAUUGCCUCUUUACUUCAAGGCUCUGUGGUUCGGCGGUUGAAGCCUCUUACCGUGGUCAGGGCAGGUGUUAUAUCGUGCACAAUAGCGUUUUUUCUGCUUGCCAGAGUUCAGGAUACUGUGGGAUUGUACUGCGCCGGGACAUUGCUUGCUGUUACGUCGGCCACCGUUGUGACAGGCUUGAACAGUCUGGGGAGUUUUGAGGCCAAAGCCAACAACAGAGGGCAGAUCUUGGGGUCAUUGCGAAGCUGGGGACAGUUUGGGAGGGCAUUGGGACCGGUGGUAUUCUGCAGCUUGUUCUGGUGGGCGGGCCGAGAGACUGCUUACUGGUUGGGCGGCAGCAUGAUGUUGGGCGUCGCUGCCCUUGUUCUGACACUGCUGAAGCAGCCACAGCUUGAGGAAACGAAUUGA